GUGGUGUGUAGUCGCCGAGAUGUGUUGGAAUCAGUUGAGGGCUACACAUCAUUGUUUUAGCUAGCUAGACGGUGCUGUUUAUUUGAACUUUUUUGGGUCUACAAGCUACAAGUUUUAUUGCACAGGUUUUCUAGUUCUACUACAAUACAAUGUCGGUGUGGAAUAGUAAAGAAACUGUACUACAGUUUAUAGAACUCUAUCGAACUUUGCCUGCAUUAUGGAAAUUAAAAUCGAAAGAAUACAGUAACAGGUUAACGAGAGAGAUGGCAUACUCAAAAAUGAUCGAUUUUUGCCUCAAAUUCGACCCGUCGGCGAACAAGCAGUUUGUUGUGAACAAAAUAAAUAACCUUAGAAGUGCAUUCAGAAAAGAACUGAAAAAGGUGGAAGCCUCAAAAUUAUCUGGCUCAGGGGCAGAUGAGAUCUAUGAAUCAAGGUUGUGGUACUUCCCCUAUCUGAUGUUCAUUCAAGACCAAGAGGUCCCAAAGACAGGGAUUUCCAGCUUGGACACCGAGAAUUCUCGCCCACCAAGCUCAUCUCUGGGUUCUUCACAUUGUCUAACCGUGGAGAGUGAGAUUUAGCAGCCCAGUCACGGAAACUACAACAGGUUUCUCGUUCUUUAACUACUCUAUUUACUUGUGUUUUGCUAAACGAGUCCAUGAUGCCCAGCCCAAACUUGUGUUCUGGGACACCGUGUAUGACGGAGCAGCCCAUUCGUUGAGGUCCAAUCAGCUUCAAUCAGCGCUACAUCACCUGAGGACUGUGAGGAAAUAUUAUGCCUACCCGAUGGAAGCAGACAAAGCACCCCGGCCCUGUGACCCCGAAAAGACCCUAGGAAGAUCUUUCAGAUUCCCAAUACUAAUGAGUGUAGAUAGCAAAAACCAUAUUCACUUCAGGAGGAACGUAGCUAAAAAUAGGAAGACAUGGGCUCUCAUGGAAUGCGGAGAUGGGCCUGGAGAGCGAUGCCGGCAUGUCAUCUGCAAAGGAGGCGGACAUGUGUUAAAUGGACGGUGCAUUUUUGAGAGACAUUUCUUUUUUGGUGUAAACACACCAUUCCAUAUGCCAGCUAACAAACGUAGAGUCUAUAAUCAAGCCAGGGAGAACAUGGAAACGCCUUUCAAUACCCGAUUUAUUGAGUUCAUGAAGUGUGCGUUGCCUUACAAGUGGCAACCAGCUGAGAUCCAUGAGUUCAAACGUUAUGAGGAAGGCGAAGAAACGUUUCCAAAGACGGAAUUGGUAAAGGCAAGGGAAAUAAAGAACUUUGAACGAUUUAUUGUUAAAGGCGUGUUCCCCCAAACGGUCAGCGGAUACACACAUUUAUUCCAAGAAGCUGUAGCUUUCUACUUGGAGUACUUUGACUACGCAUCGGGUUAUCCAGAAUUACGAUAUAAUUCUUAUUCUUCAAAUGUGAAGACUCCACCACCUGAACUGGAAAGCAAUUUUAUGGACACCAAUUGUUCAAACUCGUAUAAUAAAAAUUUCAGCUGCUCGAAUGGUGAAUUGCCGGAAACAACGGGAUUCGUACAAGAAGGGAGGAAUUGCUCAAGUACAAUUAAUUUGUUGCAAUGGAGCAAAACUCCAUCAUCCUGCAUCUUGUAUAACACUGGAUUAAUAGCGAUUAGUUAUGCUCAACAAAUAGAAUUGAGGUCCGUACACAGUUCGGCAACAGAUUUUACCUUUUGCGUCUCCGGUGAGACUUCCAUAGCUUCUCACGAGAUCUUUUAUUUUGUUUUCGUGUUUGUGUUACUUGCCGUCAAAACAUGUCAACGGUAACUUUGAGAGUUCCUCAAAAGUGUCGGUUCACAAACAGUUUGCUUGGAACAAGGGCACACAGUUUCUAUAAUCAAUUCGUGUGAGAUUCAUUUUUUUAAUAAUGUGAAUACAGCUGCUUUACUGCCCUAAACCUAGAGUCGCAAGAAAAGACUGAACAUUACGUGCACACCUUGUGCCUCCGGGUGCAGAGUAAACAAGGUCGGCACCAUGCUUUGGACGGACGUCUCAGGUAUGAUGGCUGAGCACGUCACACACAGAAAACAUGAGUUCGAUUCUUAUGUUGGGAGAAUUUUUAUCGAGUAUCUCGGUCUUUCUGCGAGGACGAUUAAAAAAAAAAUUCCUCUAAGCCCUCGUCGACUCUAAACCCGCCUUUUAAUUCAAUGAUCUAAAUGUGUCCGUGAGCGCGUAAAAACACCUACAUGUUCAAUCAAAAGUUUCAAUCUGGUCUAGCAGUACGGCUGACAAGUGGAGUCUUUGGUUGUAACAGCGUGUGACUCAACACUCUCAGAACAUUGGGAUGGCUUUGGUCGGAUUGUCUCUCUAGGCUGCUGAACACCCUCCGGGUUUUCACUGUCAAAAAUAUACAUGUACUUCAUAGUGGACCUUGGUCUAGUUAUUGUAAUAGUUUUACGGCACUUACAACACAAUAAGAUCAUACAGAUGCCGAAGAUUAAAUGUUUUACUU